AUCAUCGCGCACGGCCUACACACGUAACUGCGGUUGCUCUCCCCACACCACGCAUACAACUCCCGCAACCCAUCGCUAGCAACAAACCGGACGCGCCCGCAUUCCUCCGAGACAGUCUGUCACUCUCGCAGGCUCUGACUGAGCAACUAAGGCUCCCCUAUCAUUUGGCCCACAGCACGAGCACCCACCAGAUCCUCGACACCUACCACACGCGAAUCGCUGCAACAACUAGAACAGCUCCACGAUGCCGCCUCACGGGGGCCGGUUUCCCGGUCACAACCUCUCGAAUCCUUUCGCACAUCUCUCAGGCCCAAUACCACAGCAGCAACAGCCAAUGCACCAACAACACCAGCAGCAAAACAUACAACACCCAGGCUUCGGUGGCGGCAACCAGGCCCACAACCUGAAUCUUUUCAGUCAACAUCAAGGCGGCUUCCAAUCAAAUGCAGCGCUGGGUGGUGCGUUAGGAGCGUCAGGUCUGGGAGCGGCGGCAGCAAUUGGCGGGGCAGGCGGAGGGACAGGACUCGAUGGACAUGAAGCGCGUAUGCGCUUCGCCCAUGGCGCACAAAUACAGGAGAACGCAGCUCGUGGUCAAGAUGGCGCUAAAGGCAUCGUAGGGCAGCGGAUACGAGAAGUUUGGCGGUCAAACCUACAUCAGGAAAUGGAUAUGCUGCGCUCGCUCAUCGAUCAGUACCCCUACAUCAGCAUGGACACCGAGUUUCCCGGUGUUGUCGCACGACCUAUCGGAGACUUCAACUCGAAAGCCUCCUAUCACUACCAGACAGUGCGUUGCAACGUCGACUUGCUCAAGAUCAUUCAACUCGGCGUCACUCUUUUCAACGUCCAAGGCGACAUCCCGCCAUCACAUCUCGACAUCUCAGAACUAAACUACAAGCCAAAGUCGAUGCAGCGAUAUGCGAACAACAUCGUUGUCUGCCCAUGCACAUGGUCGUUCAAUUUCCAAUUCUCUCUCGAAGACGACAUGUACAACGAAGAGUCAAUACAGAUGCUAAAGAAAUCUGGCGCCGAUUUCGAAAAGCAUAGGGACCAAGGCAUUGAUCCUCAAGAGUUCGGCUCGCUGCUCACAACAUCCGGAAUGACUCUGUCCGAGGAUGUCAAUUGGAUAUCGUUCCAUUCUGGCUAUGACUUCGCUUACAUGCUGAAGAUGCUCACUUCGAAAUCACUACCCGAAGAUGAGGACACUUACCGCAAGCUCGUUAACGUUUUCUUCCCCAAGUUACUGGACGUCAAGUAUCUCUGGCGGCACGCGAACAACCUUGUCAGGCGCGGUGUUAUCGGAUCGACUGCAACCAACAUACUCAACAACCUGGGUACAAAAUCAGGCCUUCAAGAUCUCGCUGACGAGCUUGGCUGCCAGCGUGUGGGGAACUCACAUACAGCAGGCUCUGAUGCGUGGCUAACGGGUGUUGUCUUUUGGGAGAUGAAGAAGAAGAUCUUUGAUGGAACAGUUCCUGACGAGAUGAGCGGCCACAUGUGGGGUCUUACCGGCGUUGGUCCACCAGCCAGUGCGACGGCGCAGGCUGCUGUUCUCGCUGCACAGGGUGCUUCACAGGGCCUGACAGGCUUCCAACAAGGUGUCAACAACACUUUCUAUCCCGGUAACGCAAGACACGGUGUCGACGGACCAAGUACGCCCACCAACCACCCAGCGGGUCUCGCAUCAAACACCCCUGGACCAAGCGGCAUGAUGACACCAGGAGGAUACGGCGGAUAUGGCAACAAGUAGAACGGUGGCUAUAACGGCGGCUACUAUUGGAACGGGGAGUAGUAUCCCAAUGUGCCUCAGUCGUUCAACGGUCCGCAUGCUAAACCUCUGUAUAAUCCCGCUUAUGGUGGUCAUUACUACGGUGGUUAUGAAAUCAACUGGUAUACCGGCCACCGAGGUGGUGACGGGACGAAAGCGCCAUAAGGGGCGUGGACACUUAGGGCUGGUCACAAUGUAGGAAGUGAUUGUCGGCGUCAUGGGGAUGGUUCAAAACGGCCUCGAACGGGCUGGCGUAGAGAUAGUAUUGUACGAUACCCGGGGUUAGUGGUUAGUAUGCUGCGAGUGCGGACCAUCUUUUGAUAACAUGGUUAAUGUCAUUAUUGCGUCC